CUAACAGCCAGUCGGUCAACCUCGAACCUCAACCUUCACUCCAGAUUCGUCUCGCUUGCUUGUACACCGAUAACCUGACGGUUGGCUCUAAGUACCACAUUCACUUGGCCGCUGCGAAGACAUCCUGAAGGACAUCCUUGAUUCAAUCACAAUCAGAAUUCUACGACCGAACACAUCAUUGUUCUACAUCUGUCGUCAUCCAGCCACACCUCGUCAACCAUCAAAGAGAAGAAGGCUGUGGCACGCUGGGUUAACACGCCCUUGUACUUCGCCCAACAACCAUUGUCCUCGACAUAUUUUGAUACUAACUACGACUAGACAAAUCCCAAAGUCGUACUAGUUACUCGAGCAUAACAGCAAGGAGCCCCAUAAUAUAGUCACCAUGACUGGGCCACGCUCACUUCUCGACAUGGCUCUCAAGCUCGCCAUCGACAAUGCUCAGGAUAUCACCUGCCUGGACGACGUGCCACCCAAAAUCGCCAGCCAAAUCCUCAAAGCCGUCAGAACGCCAGAGCACCUCCGCACAAUCGAACUCCAUAGCGGCGACGAAAUCUACGAGCUGACCGCUGAAUCUUGGCGUCGCUUCAUCGAACGCAAGUACGGACUUCUCCAUAACAAGCACCGAUGGGAACCAAGCAACCCCAAAUCAUGGCACAAGGUGUAUGAGAAGUACGGCAAACUCCAGAAGGAGUCAGACGAACUCGCCACAGAGGCUCUCAGAGCGAAAAUGGCCGCCGUCAACGAUCAGAAAUCAUCGCGCACAACCACCAUUGUGUCUGCCCAGGUCGCUCGCAAGCUGCCAGCCCCUAAGGCCCGUACUUUCGGACCCGGCUUCCGUGGGUUCAGCACCUCCUCAGAUCCGCCCAUGAAAAGAGCCACGUUCCUACAAAAGGCCACUAGGGAGGCGAAGCUGGAUGCUCACCGCCGCAAGCUCGCCAAGCCUUCCGUCAUGCUCAUGGCUAGGAAGACGGAACUCACCCGGGCUCCUGACAGGUUGAUCGAAGAGAAACGUAUACAAAAUCAGUUCGACAUUGAUUCCGCCCCGAUCAUCGAGGGCCCUCGCAUCAGACCCGCAACAAGCUCGCGACAACAGAAAGACCGAGAAGCUCGCCUUCUGCAAAUCAAGAACGGAGGAAGAAGCGGCAGCUCCGGCCAUGCUCCUAACGUGUUGAGCUUUGACGAUGAUGACAACAGCCACCACAACGACAAAGGUGCCUCAGGCGACGACAUGGAUGAUCUCUUCGGCGACUUAGAUGAUGAAGACGCUCGCAGCCCCCCUUCGAGGUCCAAACGUGGUCUUCUUUCCGCCAGUCCUGGUGCCAACUCCCAACCUCGAGCCGCUGCUGCCAGUGCCAGGCCCACCACUACCAGUCGGCCGCCUCCAGCUUCGACAACAAAUGCUGGCCGUUCAUCAAACAUCGGACGUUCCCAACCUGCGACAUCAUUAUCUUCCGGUAGGCGCCCCGAAAGCUCGCCUGGGGCUAAGCGCAAGCAAGUCGACAUUUUCAUGAAGCCUACCAAGAAAGUUCGUCGUGUUUGAGGGGAGGAUCUCAAAGGAUAGGGUUGUAGUCGGGACCUGGGGAUCCUCGUGUGGUCCUGCAGGAAGACUUGAGAAGGGGUGUGAUGAUUGGGAGUUGAGGAUCCUCGUGUGGUCCUAGAGGUGGAGUUGAACGAGCAGGGUUAUGAUUGGGAAUAAAGGAUCUAUGGGAGUCAUGGAGUUGGAGAUGCUUAUUGGAACUGAGAUGGGAAAUUACCUGCUUACACCGAAAGAUAAGGGACGGGCAUAUAAUGUGGAGGAAGUUUCUGAUGUCAUAUCUAGGGAUCAACAUAUAUGGCGUUUUCGGUGGUUUGAGAUCUUGACAGGAACAGGGGCGUUGUUUUCGGGCAAUAUGACUACGGAGCGCAAUGGCUUGAGCCAAAUUUAGGGUGGGAGAAAUGGAACAAAAGCGAGGUACUUGCUCUUCCGCGCGACAAUAAAACACGUUUGGGUGGA